AUGCACAAUUCUAAUGAAAUUAGUUAGGGCAUCACAUCAAUUGGCCUUGGUCCCCCCACACGCUCACACGAAACCAAAGUGGACCUAUUGCUUUGUUUCUUCACGACUCCCAAUGCUCACACAAAAGUUAACGGCGUUAACUUUGACAGACAAGUCAGUCAACCAAGUCAAAAGCAAGUCUUUAGCACCUUGAAACUCGCAGCCAAUUAGAACUCAGACAGGCUAAAAAAUCAAAAGUCAAACCCAUUUCUGUCCAAUCAAAUAUGGCUGUUUUGUACAAUACAACAGUCUUUGGGGGAUUUUGAAGCACUGUUAGGAAAAGCUAACGUUAGGGGAUGUCUCUGUGCUUUUGUCAAUGUCAAGAGAGAGAGAGAGAGAGAGAGAGAGUGAAGUGGGUUUUGUCUGUAUUCCAUAAGGGGUGCGAAUGUUGGAAGCUAAGGAAGCAAAGCAAAAGGCAUGGCUGAAAAUGGCGGCACCGCUUCACCAUAAUAUUGCCAACUUUUUAUAUAUAAGCAGCAAACAACAGUGGCUUGGCUUGAGAAGUGUAAAGAGGGACAAAGGGGAUUGAUUUGCAGGGUCGUGUAAGAAUUUUUAUUCAAAAAAGAGUGAAAGUAGCUUGGGAUUUUAAGGUUGUCUUGUUCUGGGUUAUUUUAGAUGGGAAAAGUGGCAUUUUGAUGACAUGGGUACCAGGAAUAAUGCUUUUGUGGAUAAAGAGAAAGGGUUCGGAAGAUCACCAGACCAGUGUGAUGUUGGGUUGGGUUUGAGGAUGCAGCAACAAGUUGAUGAAUCUUGUCCAAAUAAGAGCUUCAUGCCAAUGCCCCAUCAUCAACAUCAUCAUCAUCUUCAUAAUUCUUCUCAUCAUCAGCUUUCAUCUUCUUCAUGUUGUGGUGAUGGAUUUGAUGGAGGAGCUUGUGGUGGUGGGCCCAUUGUUUGCAACACAAGCAACCAGGUACCAUGCACGGGCGAUAUAUACGAUGUUAUAAGUGCUGCUUCUGCUUCUGUUUCUGCUGCUGCAGUGGUGUUAAAGUCACUGCACCAUCACCCCUUUAACGCCAACCCUUCUUUUCCCCACAACUCCUCUGGAGAAAUUGCAGCGCCUGUGAAUGCUAGAGUUCCUUUUACAGCAGCUCAGUGGCAAGAGCUGGAGAGGCAGACUAUGAUAUACAAGUACAUGAUGGCCACUGUCCCUGUCCCUCCUGAACUCCUUAUAUCUCUCACCAGAAACUCUUCAAAUGUGACAAAGGGGUCUUUGGAAUUGGGUUUUUCGAGCAAUAUUAGCUCGGAUCCGGAGCCUUGGAGGUGCAGAAGAACAGAUGGGAAGAAAUGGAGAUGCUCGAGAGACGUGGCUCCUGAUCAAAAAUACUGUGAGCGUCACUCUCAUAAGAGCCGUCCCCGUUCAAGAAAGCCUGUGGAAUUGCCAAACCACACCAUCAACAAACAUGAUCAGAAAUCACAUACACUUAACAUGGCAUCAGAUAGCAGCAAACAGGCUCAUAAGAAUUCCCAUUUCAUCAAUCAGACCGAUCCUCAUCUAUUCACAGCUUCAUUUGAUCAACCCAGGUGCUUGGAGUGGUUCAUGAAAGGGGAGACUACCGUUCCUAUUGCUAGCAUUUCUAACCCAGACUGGCAACACCAGCAGCAUCAUAAAGACCAUCGCGUCAAUUUGCAAGCUCAUCAGAAUCUAAAUGAGCAGUUUAACACCAGUUUAGCAUCUUUGGGAGGAACCUUGAAUCUCAACCAAACACAUUCACAAGAGACAAGGAGCUUUAUUGAUGCAUGGUCAAUAGCAGAGAGAGAGGUUGCUGAAAUGGAUGGAAUUGAGAGCAAACGCCCUGUUUCUUCAAACGAGAAGCUACCACUCUCUUCUCUUACACUGUCAAUGUCGGGUGGGAAUGGAAACCAUCAAGAAGAAGACAAUGAGAAUAGCGAAAUGGGUGCUUUUGGUAUCAUGGGCUUAGCGAAGGAAAAUGUGAGGACUUUGAGACCACCCCAAAUGGCGGAUCCUAUUUCAUGGAUGGGUUCGCCGCCUGGUGGACCACUGGCUGAAGCAUUGUGCCUUGGCAUUGCAAGUAGUCAAAGCACAAAUACGAGUAGCUGCAGCAAGAGCACCUGAGACGAUGGCCAGUGACUAAAUUUUAUCUACUUAUUGAUAAGAGCUUUUUAACUUUCAUGAUGUUUGAACAUUUCUAUGUCGAACAUGGGGUUUUUAAAUUAAAUAAAAUAAAAUGUUACUGCUAAAUGGAAAUUUCCACUUUGUUUUUGGAGCUAAGAGAAAGCCCAAACUUUAGGACUGCGAUGAUUGUUGAAUGCCCUUGUCUCUUUAUGGUUUUGGAAAAGGGGCAUGCUUUCGUCUCUAUGCUUUUGAAUUGAAGUGUAAAAAUAUGCGAUGUUUAAUUUCCAUUAAAAUCAAUACUAUC